AAUCGCGGCACGUCCCGCGCUUGAGUUGUGAAAUUCCUUUUUGGAAAGUAAAUUUGUUAUAAUAAACUGAAUUAAAUAUGGCAGAGACAGAUGCAGCUGAAAAAGAUGUAGAUAAUAUUAUCCGUGUAUUAGUAGCCACGGACAAUCACUUGGGCUACGCUGAGAAAGACGCAGUGCGCGGCGAAGAUAGCUUCACAGCAUUUGAGGAAAUAUUGGAACUGGCAGUGUCCGAGGAUGUGGAUAUGAUAUUGCUUGGAGGUGACUUAUUCCAUGACUCAGUGCCCAGCCAGAAUGCUAUGUACAAAUGCAUUGAAUUGCUGAGACGUUAUACAUUUGGCGACAAGCCCGUACCUCUCGAAAUACUCAGUGAUCAGUCACAAUGUUUUUACAAUGCUGUCAAUCAGUCGGUAAACUACGAGGAUCCCAAUUUAAAUAUUUCCAUACCAGUAUUUUCCAUACACGGUAAUCACGACGAUCCAAGUGGUUUUGGCCGUUUGAGCUCCUUAGAUUUGCUUAGCACAACGGGUCUGAUUAACUACUUUGGUCGCUGGACUGACCUUACAAAAGUAGAAAUAAGCCCCAUCUUGAUCCGUAAGGGAGAAACCAAGUUGGCACUGUAUGGAUUGAGCCACAUUCACGAUGCACGCCUAGUGCGUAUCUUUAAGGACUUUAAAGUGACUAUUAAUUGUCCAAAUGAAUCUGAGGAAGAUUGGUUCCAUUUAAUGGUUGUACAUCAGAAUCGCGCAGAUCGCGGCCCGAAGAACUAUCUGCCUGAAGAGUUAUUGCCAGCUUUUCUGAAUUUGAUAAUUUGGGGUCAUGAGCACGAUUGUCGCAUUGAGCCGGAAGUAAACGCUUUACGCGAUUUUUACGUUUCCCAACCAGGCUCGUCAGUGGCCACUUCGCUGGCCAAAGGUGAAUCCCUAAAAAAGCACGUGGGUCUGCUGGAGAUUUACAAAACGAAGUUUAAUCUAAAGCCACUGCCGCUGCAAACUGUGCGUCCAUUCAUCUUUGAAUCAAUUGAUCUAGAGGACUAUGUGGACAAGCUGAACCUAAAGCAGGGCGAUGCGUCCACAAAGGUGUAUAACUUUGCCAUUAAGCGUGUAGAAGACAUGAUUGAGCAAGCCAAAACUCUGCUCACGGGUCAUCCAAAGCAGCCGACGAUUCCUCUGAUACGUCUCCGUCUCCGCUAUACUGAUGAGACUUACAUGUUCAAUACCAUUCGCUUCGGUCAAAUUUUUGGCACUCGUGUGGCUAAUGGGGCAGAUGUUGUCAAGUUUGAAAAGCUAAUCAAGAGAACGAAAAGUGAUAAGGUUAAUAUAGAUAAAGAUGCUAUGCAGCGUGUUAUGGAAGUGGAGAACACGGCACGCGUGGAAGAGCUAGUUGAUCGGUACUUCGAAGAAGUCAAAGACAAAAAUCCGCUCAAGCUUCUACACUCCAAGGCACUGGCGGAGGUUACCUACCGCAUGGUCGAGCGCUCCGACAACAAUGCCGCAGACCAAAUUUUCAAAUUUUACAAUGAAAAGGCUGUUGAGCAUUUAAUGGACACGCUGCCUGCCAUUGAGAAUAUAAAUGAUGAAAUUGAGAAUUUUAGGCAGCGCUACAAAGCCGAUGAUCUGCUUAAAAUGCUGGAUGACUUUGGCGUUAAGACAGAGCCUAAGAGCUCACUUGCCAACAUUAAGAUAAGCAAUGAAUCAGAUCUGUCUGAGGCGCAAACAACAUCAAGUGCCAGAGCUACCGGCCGCGGAGCCAGUCGAGGGGCUGGAACUCGUGGGCGAGGAGGCGCAGCGUCAACUCGAGCUAAAGCUAAGUUAGAUGUGUCUGUCAACACUAAAAACUCAUCAAGCGCUGCUCAAGGACUUUUGGAAUCCUCUAAUAGGGGACGAAGAGCAAAGGCAACAGUAACCUACGUUGUCUCUGACGAUUCCGACUAAAAUAUAUAUGACAGUAUCUAACAUUACAAAUGCAAAUAUUUUUCGAAGUUGUCU